AUGAGGGCGUCUCUGAACCGAGAAGAGAGUAGCCCAAGUCUGCAGCUGAUUGUGUUUGUGGAAAGUCAAGACAGCAGCGAGCUCACAGAGCCGUUCCAAACGCUCACAGUGCGGUCCCACUACAAGUCCUUGUGUGUGGGGCCAGGGCCUGGCACUGCCCUCAGUGUUUGGCAGGUUUUUGGGCAGUGGAAUGGACAGAACAGUGUAAGCUGCCCCAGGGACAGGGGCAAAAGGGCAGGCUGCCUGCUGCAGACACAUGAUGUGUGUCUGGCCCCCGUGUCAGUGCCCACAGCUCACAGGAGCCACAUGGGGGUGCUCCCUGGCACAGGCCGCUCUGGCAGCCACUGA